AUGCUCGCAUCAAGUAGGUUAACUGGCGUAGCCGCCCGCAAUGGCCUGAAGCAACAUUACCGUUUGAUAUCGUCGAUGGCGUCGCAGACUCGCUUUCCGCACUUCCUCAUCUCCUCUCCGCGCUACCCACCGGUCCGACACGCCCUUCUUCUUAACAGCUCCCGCUCUGCCCUCCCGCCCACUGUGACCAGGAGUGGCGUUACGCAGUUCCGCACCGUCGUCGUAGAGUCCAUGACAGGCGCCAUCGUAACGGCUGCAAAGCUGCACGGCGCUGGCUUUGCCACCAUUGGCAUGGCUGGCGCCGGUGUCGGCAUUGGCAAGGUUUACGCCGCGCUCAUCACUGGCACUGCUAGGAACCCUGCCGUGCGAGGCCAACUCUUCACUUAUGCUAUUUUGGGCUUUGCCCUCUCCGAAGCUACAGGGUUGUUCGCCCUGAUGGUGGCGUUCCUCAUUCUCUAUGCCUACUGA